CGGCGUUCUAUGUAAUCUUGUGGAGAAUCAGCCAAUAACGUCAUUCGGCAUAAAUAAAUAAUUUCCACUAAUGGCGACAUGGACUCUGUUUUGUGCUUGAUGGCGCUGCUAGAUUUGGUUGCUUUAUUCGCCGUGAUCGGAGUUUUAUUUAUGUAUUUUGUUCAUGUCGUGGCUAUUAUUUACGGGUAAGAUUUGACAAUGUUUCAUUUGCUUUCGUGCACUUUUUAUAUCAUAGUAUUUCAACGUUCUUCUGAGAACAACGUUGGCCUUUGUUUAUAUAGAAUGAUUAUUAUGAUUGAUUCAUUGACUUCACUUCUGUAUUUUGCAGCAAAGUUAAGCUUCAUAGGUGCAAUUUGUCGUCCAGGGAUGCCUCUCAAAAUUCAUGUAACUCGUGCCCUGGUGUCACUAUGUUGAAGGUUUGUGCUUUUGAGCGAAUUCAUAAUAAUUCAAUAUAACAGUUAUAUUUUAGAACAAACAGUCAUCAUGUGUAAUUUUAUAUAAUCGUUCAUGUAUUUUAAUAAAUAUGAACAACGAUUUAUUGGCCAUGUUAUACAAUGCAAUAUUUGCUACAUCAUGCUGUAGAAAAUGGUGAUUCAGGGGUAUGUGUUGUUUGUCAGAUUUUCAAAACUAUAUUUUGUGAUGUGCACUUUGAAAAGCUUGCCAUGUUGCAUUGGGCUAUUCCAUUUAAAAGACAUAACCCCCCUAUCGAGGACAAGGGUUUUACCAUAUCCCUGAAGAAUUCCUGACAUAAAAGAGAUCCCCUGAAGAAUUCCUGUUAAUAGCAUUUACCCCUGAAGAAAUCAGCAUUUACCCCUGAAGAAUUUCAAUUUUUACAUCUGACCCCUGAGGAAAUCUCAUUCAAAAUAACCAACCCCUGAAGAUUCCACAGGAGAAUUUGUUUACCCAUGAGGAAUUCCAGGGUUAAAAAUUACCUUACUCCUGAAGAAUUCCAAGGUCCUCGAUAGGGGGAUUACGGAUAUUAAAUGGAAUAGCCCAUUCAGAAUUUUGUUGUUGUUUUCUACUUUCUUUCUGUCACUGCCACAAUUUGGAAAAAACGUGUGUCGCAUGUUGUAUUUUCUUUCUGAUUCAGGGCACGAAAUAACGGCCGAUCAAUGAUCAGUCAUCGGCAGGAAAUUGCUUUUGAUCGGUAGAGAAGCAAGGUUGCCGAUCAUCUUAACCGGCAAGGACCAUUGUCUUAAAAACAUGGUUAAUGUUGUUAACGAACACCAUGCAAUAAUACCACAUUAUCACAGAAUAUAUAAACAUAAUUAACAUAUCCUAUACUGAUAAGCCAGAUUUUCAUUUGAGCAGCAGAAAAUCAUGACUGCUGAUCACCAUGAUCGGGAACGUUGGAAAAGUUAUUUCGAGCCCUGUGAAUUUACCCUAACAGGAGCUGCCUAGAAAGUACUUGUAAAAAACUGUACUCAUCUGGUAUGUUGUUAAUCCAUUGAACCAGUGUGCCAGCACUCUCCCCUCGAUGAGUAAAAUCGUCUCACGUUGAACAGAGUAAAACAAUAAAGUAGGGCAUAUUAGGGGGCCCUACAUGGUUAGCAUUUAUUCCUGCUGAUAUUUCUCAUUCAUUUCAUUGUUUCCUCUUUGAUAUGUUAAGUAAGGAUUUCAAUGUCAGCAUAGUUAUACAUGGCCAUGAUCGCAAUUUCUCUGCAAAUAUGUGUGGAGCAUUGCAGUUUCUGAAAUUAUUUUAAUUGCAAGGUGCAGCCUUGAAAACUGGCUUCUUUUGCCAAGGCAAGUCAGAACAUUCUCAAUAUGCCUCUGCAAUUGCUGAGUGCCAAGGCAAUUUAUGAAAGCUGUAUAAUCUGAACAUCUAGAACUGUCUGUGCCAAUGUCGGUAGUGCCAAUAAUAACAAGCUUUCAUCGAUAGGGAUGCAACUACCUGAAAAAUAUAGGAGAAUUUCGACCUUCCUUAUAUUUUCCAGGUAGUUGCAUUCCCUACCGACAAAAGCUUGUUAAUAUAAUAUGUUAACCCAUUAUAGCUGCAAUGUGCACAACAGAUGAUUUUACAUGUCAAGGGGAGAGUCUUGGCACAUUAAUGGUUACCCAAUGAUUAAGCUGCAAUUAAUGAUUCCAAAUCUGCCUGACUUAAUGAUUUACUUUGUUUUAAUGACAGAUUGUUUUACUCUGUCUAAGGGGCUGAUUACAUGGACCGGGCCAGCUUGGUUAACCGGGCUGGAAAAUGUCACGAAAAUCUUCCUUGGGCCGCAAAAUGAGUUUUAAAUCGGGUUUAGGAUGAUUUUGCAUCUAUACUAAACCAAUUAUUUAUCGCAAAUUUAUUUUACGCGAGUUUUAAAACCACAGUAAGGUCCUAAACAAACGAGUCAGCCCGGUUAACCGGGCCAGCUCGGCACCAUGUAAUCAGCACCUAAAACUGGAUGAUUUCACUUGACAUUUGUACUCUAAACAGGGAAAAAUAAAAAAGUACAAGGGAAAAUUUUGGUUUGAAAAGACUAGGUACAAUUUUUCAUCCUCAUGGGUUUGUGAAUAAGUACAUCACAUAUUAUUUUACUAAUUUCCAAAUUGCCAGAUUUUUGCCCACAUUAUGUUUCUCUCUUCAUUUUUUGGCAUUAAUCGCUUACAGCAAUGUUCCUGUCAUAAAUAAUUACAAUUUAAUAAUGUUUAACAUUAUUAUAUAUACAUUGCGUAUUUACAUUUAUAUAUGAUCAAAUACUAUUAGGCAUUACAACUAGGCAUUACAUAAAUAAACUAGUCUAAAAACUAAAGUACCGUAAUAAAAACUAAGUAGGUAAUUUGAAAAUACUAAUGAAAUAAAAAAUAUAGAAUACGUAAUUCGAAAAUUAUGUUAAUAAAAAGCGUUCUUAAAAAACAUGUUUCUUCACCAACACUUUGAAAAAGCACGAUCACCUAGAGUUUUUUUUAAAUUUGUAAUUCUGAUUAUUAAUUGGUUGCAGUAGGAUUUCAGAAUUUGAUCGCAGGCUAUAUUCAGAUGUUUCUUUUAGGUAAUUAGCUAAUAUACUGUUGUGCACCACCAUAGGUUGAUUAUAUGUAAGGAUUAAAAUCAAUUCUGAAUUGAAUUGCUAGCCAAUAUGCAAACUUCAUCAUUCUUAAUUCAACUAAGUUUUAAAGUUUUAAUGCGCUCAUUUUGCGCACAUUUUAAAUUUGACUUCCUAACUUCUGCAGCCAUGUUUUUAAAAUAGUUAAAAGAAAACACUAAGAGAAAGCAUUAUUUGAAAAAUCUGAUAUGGGGGUCAAAUCAUAGAGAUUAUAAAUAACACUAGAGGAGGCAUCGAGUUUAAAAAUUGGGAACGCAGCUAAUGGGGGGCAAAUUCAAGUCCUGGAUAUAAAAUCGUGCUCUCAUUGGCUGAUUUGAAACUCGUCACCAAUGGGAACACGAAUACACAUCCGGGACUUGAAUUUGCCCCCCAAUAGUCGCGUUCCCUUUUUUUUACUGAAUUAAGAUUACAAUGCCUCCUCUAGUGUUAUUUAUAAUCUCUAUGGGUCAAAUACAGUAUCUGCCAUACUGAAACAUAUCGCCAUAGCAACGGAAGUUACGUAAUUUGUGGAGGAAAAAAUUACACCUCUUAGAUAUUGUUUUAUAAUAAUUUAAAGUCAUUUGUACAUUCUCUAUUUUUUCAACAAGACUUGGUUAUAAUUGCCAAAAAAAUACGGAAUCAUUUUUGAAUGACACUGCAGUAAUUAUUUAUACUGCGCAGUUGCAGCGUAUUACUGAUGUAUAAACUGUGAAACCAACAACUGGUUAUACUGGGUUGUGUUUGCUUCUUACAUUGCAUGAAUAUAAUUUAAAUAGCUGUAUUGUAAAUUGUUUUAAUUUUUGCUUUCCACUUUUGCAUUCAUGGUUUCAAAACAGUUUGGGUCUCAAAAUAAAACCAAAUACGUCAUGAUCACUUACAGAACACAUUUGUAGUCUUGUCUUGAAAAAUCAAUGUUUGUUUGUUUUCUUGUUUUUAAAUAUUUAUCACUAGCUCAGGAUUAGUUUAUUAUCCCCGAGCCAACGGCGCGGAGCGCCGUUCCGGGCGUUAGCCCGCGGCGAGGGUACUAAUUCCGCCCGGCUAUUUACACCCGGGGAAAGGAACGCACUAGCGAAGUCUAAAGUUCAUCAAAUACCGUGGGUGCAUGGCUAUGAUCCAAGGGUGGACCUCCUCACUGAACUAAAAAAUAUGGCUGUUUGCCAGGAGUGGGAUAAGCACACUGAGUUUAUUAAAGCAAGAUUUCAAUUUUCAAAAGCAUAUAUUUGGAAAAUCACGUUUCACACAAUGAGCUUCGAAGUAAUUUUUGUUUGAAAAAAUGAGAAGAAUUGAUUUACUAUGAAAAUUCGUGAAAUAUAGGGCAAGUGUUGCUUUAAUAUAGGGCAAGUGUUGCUUUAAUAAUUUAUUGCGUAAAACAUGCACUGCUGUUUUCCUUUUCAAAGAAGCUGUAAGUUUCAUAAAUUACCCAGUUUAAUUUAAGAAAAAAAGGUAAUUGUAAAGGAGGGCAAAUUAAUUUGAAGACCUAUAAAAUGAAAUUAUUCAACAAUUUGAAGUAAAAACAGUUUAUCGGCAAAAGCAGUUUAGUUAUUAAAAUGAACAUUUCAAAACAUUUUACGAAGCAAUUCAGGUUAAAUUUUACAGUAAAUCAAAGCUCACAAAAUCCAGAACAACAUACCUACAGUACAUAUUUCGGAAAGUCAUUGUUAUAUAGUUAAAAUAAAAGCAAUAAUCUUUCGACUAUUUUUGCCGUGUUGUACAAACGUAUAAUAAAAAUUAAAAUUAUCUUUUCGUGUUGCCAUAGCAACACCACAGAGUAGAGCCAUACAGAGACGUAACUAGUGUACCCACUUUUUCUGUGCGUAUGCUCGGCAAGUUACUAGAUGCAUGCAUCUGAUUGGAUGACGACCUGAUGACGACUCACUUUAAAUUUGCUGAGCACGCGCAGUUGAUCAUUUUUCGCCCGGUCGCCUGAAAAAAAGUGGGUACAUGAUAACGUAAUCUUCCGCAGUGUUUACAACGGUCAGUUACGUCUCUGUAUGUCUUAUCUACUCUGUGGCAACACUGACGUAACGCGAGCCUGCGUUCAGUCCGUGUUGAUCAAUUACUAAUACAUCAUGUUAAAUCAAUGUUUGGAAAAUAUGGGUGAGGGGUUGCUGCAUACAUGUAUUUCUAGUUAUUAUUUAAUAGCAAUUUUCAACUUGCAUUGAAAGCAAAGUUUAUCGCAGGUCAGAUAAUUAACAAUUAUUGAAUGAGAUUGAUCAUGAUAUGCAGAAUUAUCAAAUGAUAAUUCUUCAUACUGUACGUGGCGAAAACUAAUUUCAAUAAUUGUUUUAUUAAUAAUAUUUAUUAUUUAAUUUAAAAAAUGAAAAAGACAUGCAUCCACACCUUCGUCGAAAUAACGACAAGUUCUUUCCUUUUUUCUUUCAUAAGUACCGUUAAGAUGUUUCAAAAUCGUUCGUGGCUGGUUUCGUUGAUAUUUCUUGAUUAUAUUGUAAUAGUUGUUUCCUUUAAACCUGUAAACACGGCCGAAGGCGGCGCUAUAUUGUUUUGGUCAGUUUCCACAUAUUUCCACAUUUCGUCAUAACGUUGAAAACGAUUUUUUCAUAAUAUUCAACGUUAUGACGUCACUCCGUUGAAUAUUAUGUCAAAACUCCAUAUUUGGUCAGCUACAUUAUGGAGUUGAUAUGACGAUUUCACAGUUGGCUGUGAACAGCCAAUCGAAAACCAUGAUUGAAUUUUUUAAAUAAAUAAUACGAUAUCUGUAGCUUACAACCAGUCACAGUACUACAGUGCGAUGCCCUGGAGCAAGCGCGAAGGCAAAUACCAGGGCUUACAGUAUGAUUACAAACUAACCGACUAACAGACUAUUGUAUUUUUAGAAGUAAUGCUUAUACAGUUCCGGUACUUAGAAUCUUUGCAUUACUUUGUCAGCCUCUUGUAGGUGAAGAUGAAAAUCUGUACAUGAAUUUGAAAAGUUGUUUCGAUCUUAAAUAUCAGAAGGUAUGCAAAAUAUUCUUUGGCUUAUAUUUCCCAAUUUUUUAGUGCAUUUCUUCCUUGCAUGCAACAAUCAUUUCAUUUGUACAUGCUAUAAUGUCCGCUCACCCCUGCAUGAGGACGUAUCAACAGUUGGACGGAUCUAUCCAAAUGAAUGUUGAUCCACGAGUAUCCCACAAAGUUCGAUGUAUUACAAAUUGCGUGACGUAACCACUUCUAAGGUAUAUUGCGUAUGUGUACGUACGUACAACAAGUGUUAUAUGACAAGUUUUUGUUUUCCUGGCCGCCACGAUAGCUUCAUGUACAGUAAUUACAACAAUUAAUCGCAGACCAACCGCUUUCAAGUACUCAAAUUAUUUUGCCAAAUUUUCUUUCUUAAUCCAGACAGACGAACGAAAUUUAUACUUUUCCAAUCUAUGACACGAGCAAUAAAUAAAUGUUAGCAGUAGCAUGCUAGCUAGCUUUUAAACAAGUGUACAUAGAUAUACUUGUCAUAGAAAAUCUUGGCAAAGUUGCCCAUUAUGAGUUGAAAAUUAUGUGGUGUUUCAUUGUGCCCUAUUUUUAGUUGCAAAUUUUGUUUUGCGUGCAAGACGAAAACGAUCCAGCCUCUCGAACUGUCAAGAAACUCAUGGACGACUAUCCCGAAGCGGAUGUUCAACUCCUAACAUGUACGUUAAAAUGGUUAAAUGUCAUAUUCCAACUGUUGUUAUUUUACUUAUACUACCAGUCUCUUUACUUUGGACUGGUUCUCUUCGGAGCCUGUUGUACCUUUCACCAUCGGUCUUUAUGGCCCUUGGUUGACUUUGGCAGUACGCAUGCGUACUGUUUUGUUCUGACCAGUAGGAGGACGUGGACGACCUCCUGAAUGUUUUCCCUGCUGUCCAUUGCGCUGUCCUCCUGGGACUGGGUUCAGUAGGUGCUAUAAACAAAAACCUACCGUCACCUGUAAACGUUUUUCCACAUUUGUUUACGUUUCAAACGUAUAUGCGUUGCCGUUACUUUUAUACACGUUUGUAGAUCCCGCUCGUAUUGUUUUAUAAGCGACAUAUAGCAUUAUUCUUUUACUGAUUUUACAUUGAAUAUUAUGUGAUGUCUUUACAAGUGAGAGAUAUAUACCCGCGUAUAGUUUCGGUAGUCAAAACUUGCUUUAUUUGAUUAAAAACCGCCCUUUUUAACUUUUAAAACAAUAUGGCCCAUAGAAACGUCCACGGAAAUUUACGACAGUGCAAAUCAAGUGGGACUUUAAGCACAUGCAGUAGCACUUUUCAAGUUUGAUGGCUUGUACUAUGUGGGCGAUGUGCAGAAAUUGAAAUAUAUAUGAACAUAGGCAAAUAAAAGACAUUGAUUAUAUCGGAAUCAAACAGUACUGAACUGUAGAUUAAUAUUAUUUAUUCUGUCUUUGCAACCGUGCAAAUGACUAAAUAUACAGGACUUUUUAACAUAGUGAUUGCUCUAUUUCACUGUAGAAUGUCUUCCUUACAGUACCAUGUACAUUUUUACGUAGGUGCGACAACUGGUGGGGUGAAUCCUAAAAUAAAUAACAUGUUGCAGGGUUACAAAGUGGCCAAAUACGAUCUAAUAUGGAUUAAUGAUAGCGCAUUAUUUGGUAAGUUACCAGAAAGACAGAAGACUACUCAAAUCGUCUUACGUACGAAAUUAUGACAACUUUGAUUAACCUUUCUCCGCGGGGGUUGAAAUGACCGGACACCAGACGAUCUCUGAUCGUAAUACUUUUAUUACAACAAGCUUUGUAACUGUAGCCUUCACCAGCUGGUAAGAUUACAGUCAGGUAGUUGGAAGAUUUUUGUAAUAAAAUAUUACGAUCAAAGAACGUCGGACCCAUAAAUAUGUAUCCCGAUCGCGCAUCCUCCAUACAUUGCAUUAUUUGAAACUAUUCUCAUUUGGCGAAUAACUCGUAUACAAUGUGUUCCUUUUAACAAAUGCCUUCUAUGCAAGCUUGUGAGUCUAUUUGUUAACUUGUUACAUGCGUUUGACCCUGAUAAUUUACACCAAAACUAAGUUGAACCUAUCUGUGAUGACGACAUUUCCUUUUUGAAUUGUAGUACAUCCUAAUACACUGUCACAGAUGGUAUCUGAUAUGACUGCUAAUGUUGGAAUAGCUCACCAGGUGAGGAAUCCGUAAAUGGAAAAUGUUAAACAGACCCAAUAACUUUGCAGCCAAAGCCAGGGCUGCUGAGAGGGGGGGGGGGGGCAUUUCCCCCCAGACUAAAUGUUAGCUGAAUCAGUGCCGGAUAAUAUGCACUGUAAAAGUGUAAUAUACUGUACAACACCGCUUCUACAAUUAUGACAUCAUAGGCCGCCAUUAGAAUAUUCAUAGGGCCCCCUGGGAAUGUUUUACCCUGGGCCCAGCACAACCUCUCGACGACCAUGGCCAAAGCUAAAGCCCCGUUUACACGAGCAAAUUUUAUUUGACAAAUUUCAUUUGAUCAAAUGCAUUUGAUCAAAAGCUAGCAUGCUAGCUUUUGUUCAAAUGCAUUUGUCACAAUAAAUUUGUCACAAAUUUAUCAUCUACACGAGCAAAAUAUCUUUGACAUAUGAAAUUUGUCAAAUAAAAUUUGCUCGUGUAAACGGGGCUUAACACAAAGAAGAAAUGGAAAUAAGCAUUUUAGAUACAAAGCCAGGAAAAUUUGAUAUUGCACAUUCUAUUGCCAAAUUUAUUGUCAGUAGAGAAUAGUAUCAAGCGAUUCUCCACAUUGAAGCGUUUGAUAUCUCUGAUUGUUCAAAAUCUGCGGCAGUAACGUACAUUUUUCACCAUUAAUAUGUUGUUUUGUAAGUCAGGUGUACUCUUCGUUUUGCGACACUGUACCUAAUUAAUUGUACAAUAUUUUAUAAACUUUAGUCUUGUAUUUUAAAAAAACAGUGGGAAGCAACCUUAAAUUAAUUUAAUGCCCAAUAUUAAUAAGCAACAUGACAGUACAAGAAAUUGUAUUUACGCCAUAUUUAUGAGUAGUUAUGUUUAUGUUAUUCCACAAUGAAUUCAAAUACAUGUGCUUUCAUUCUCUAACAGCGAUUUACCGUGCGUGUUUUAAAGAUAGCGCAUGCCUUUUUCAACAGGUGCCGUUUUUGAUGAACAAAUCAUCUUUUUCUGGAGUACUACAAAAGGUUAGUUGCAUGAACGAAGCCGCCUAUCUUUCUAUUCAGUUUCAUGCUACAAUUGUCUCUGUUCAGUGAGUAACAGUGCAGAAUGAGGAUAAUUUUUAAAAAAGCAUUUCCAAGAAACACUUUUGAAAAUAAUACGAUUAUAAUUGGUGCUUAGAGCUAUGCAUUUGUAUAUUAAUUUGAUUCUAUCUUACAUCUGUAUCUCUUGAGUAAACGUGCAUGCAUCAGACAUAAAAUGUGGCCUUAUUUCUGCAUAGGUUUAUUUUGGUACUCAACAUGCUCGUGUGUAUCUGUUCGCCAAUGCCCUUGGUUUUUCAUGUACGAAUGGAAUGUCCAUGUUGUUGAGAAAGCAUGUAUUAGAUGAAGUAGGUACGCGGUAUUAAAUCUGUUACAAAUUUCUUACUAUUCACAUCAAUGCCUGUAAUACGUGUACUUUGUUACCGCACGUGGCUGGUCGACUACAUGUAUAGAAGCCACCGAGUUUUGGUGCAGAGAGUUUCUAGUUUUAUUUGUGCCAAAAAUGCUGUAGUAUCACCGAAAUAAUUUGAAUUUCUAGGCGGACUUCAGGAAUUUUCUUCCUACAUUGCCGAGGAUUUCUUUAUAAGUAAAUCAUUCGCCGAUAGGUGAAGUAUUUUAUUGUUUUUCUUGUUAAGUUUGAUAUAAAUCACAUUGUACAUGCAUUCUUAGAUUAUUAAUUGUUAAUAAUGGUAAUUGAACUCUUGAUGUUAAAAGACUGUAGAAUGGUAACAUAAAUUAUGUUAUAAGUCAAAUUGAAAGUAUUUUCCUUGUACAGAGGUUGGAAAAUAGCGCUUAGUAGUCUACCGGCGAUGCAAAAUCCUUCAAAGAUUGAUUUGUCGUCUUUCUUCACAAGGAUGGUAAGGUAUGUAAAAAAUUAAACUAUAUGCUUUUUGUGAAACGACAGUUAACUGAGUACAACUGUUUGACAUUUUUAAACUUCGUAUUGUUGGGAUGUUCAUCUAUUUUCAUGAUUCUUCUUUCAAAUUAUGCUGGGUUUUGGUAAGAAUAGUUCGUUGCUAUGGCAACACACGCGUACGAAAUUCACUCUGAAAUAGCCCAUUGCUUCGAAUAGUUGGAAAAGAAAUGCAAAAUUGAACAUAUUACAUACAGUGGGUGACCGGACGAAAUAAAAAUCAGAUAUAAAUAAAUAAUCAGAUAUAUUUUUAAGAAUUGGAUUUUUACACGCACAGUGGCGCGUGAACAACUUGGAAUUCUUUAUUUCCUAUUCCCACGGAAACGAAUGAUCACGCGGGUUUGUUCAUAUACACACGUACAAAUCUCACAACUUGUCAACAAGAUGUGUUCGCAACAGGCUUGUAACAAGCUUGUCAACAAGUUGUAAUAAUGCUGUUAUUUUAUCAAGUUACUACAAGGUUGUCACUCACAACUUGUUGACAAAUUGUUGAAUUGCAGGACGAUAACAAGUUGUUGGAACAACUUGCAACAAGUCUACGUGUUGAGCUCAACAACCUUGUAGCAAGUUGUCAACAAGCCGUUGGCAACUUGUCAACAAGCUGGGAACAAGCAGUGCGAACACAUCUUGUUGACAAGUUGUUGUCAAACAGCAUUGCUACAAGUCUGCUGCAGGUUUGCUACAACUUGUGCGUUUUUACGUGUGUAGCAUAAAGCUUUGUCUUUAUUACGUAUCACGUGGAUAUCACGUAUCACGCGGGUUUGUUCAUAUAGCAUAAAAUUUUGGCCGUAUUACGGGGUGGCCGUAUUAACGGGGUAUCUGUAUAAGGAAAUAUAUUGUCUUGGCGUUUUUCGGGGACGAAAAUGAGUGGCCGUAAUAAAGAGGUGACCAAAAAUAAUACUGAUACCCGUCGAGGAAACACCGCGGUUUCGGCUUUCAAAAUUUCAUGAGAUUUUUAAGCAAGCUGCCCACUGCGAUGGGAGCGCGGGCUCUGCAGCGUGCAAUAAUACUUUUUUGGAUCGAACCUCUGUCCAAAAAUAUAUUAUUGCAUGCUGAUUACGUCGACAGCUGAAAUAACGUGACAGCUACCGGAUGUUAAGACUGAUUAGCUGGGAAUUGUUGACCAAUCGGGAACGAACAUCAAGUUUGAAUGUACAACUAGCACAACUUAAUGUGUUUUCUAAUUCAGGUGGACGCGAUUACGAAUCACAAUGAUGCCAGUAAUUGGAGUUCUUGAACCAUUGACGGAAUGUGUUGCAAUAGGAUUAUUGGGCUGCUGUGGGGCUUAUUAUUUAUGGGGCUUUAAUAUAUGGAAGGUUUUACUUGGCCAUUGUUUGUUUUGGUUUGUCGCGGAUCAACUGUUGUUACAUAUUAUGCAGGGGGUAAGGGUUGUUAUAUUAUGAUAUGUGUUGGUUGUGUACAUUCUAUCUAGGAUUAAGAUUAUAGGAUUUAAAUUAUUAGGAUAAGGAUUAGGUUAGGAUUUAGUCUUGACUUAUGGGGAAUAAGGGUUACAAUAGGUUUAAGAUUAUUACCAAAACCGCGGGUGCUUUCUCUCGCCUGAAGUGUCAAAACAUUCAGGAAUGUGACUAUAUUCUUACGCCUGUUCUGCUGAAAUUGUCAAACUAUUAUUAGCCAUUUUAACAGAUAUCGCCAUCCCCACGAUGUCGAUUUCACGACGUUAAAAAUGAAUUUAGUUGCAUUCCUGAAUGUUUUGACGUGAAAAUAUGACACGUUUUUUCAAGCGAAAAAAGCAUCCGUAGUUUUGAUAAUAGGAUUGCAAGGAUAAGGAAUCGUUCAAGUAAGGGGCAAGAAAUUUUUGUAUUUAUGAAUUAUGUGUGGAAUAUUUAACAAUUAUUGAAUUGGAUACUGAUAUUGAAGAGCACACUCCCUAUCAGGGUUUUUUUUCGGAACUGGCGUGAAGCAGACCGUGAGCUUACAAAUGGCACUUUAAGCAGCAGCUAUUAGUCCAUACCUCAUUAAUGAUCUGCCCCCUGCCCUAUAUGUUUAACCCACCCUGCCAACUUUCCCCGCGGGAGGGUAUCGGCAGAGCGUUGACUUUUACUCUUCUCACACGAGGACUGGGCCGAGUCACACUGGGAAAGUUCCCCACCGAGAAUCGAACUCGGGACCUGGGGGGUGAAAUGCAGGUGCUCUAACCGCCACCGAAGCCCCUUAGAUUGAGCAUGAUAUGAAGAAUUAUCAAACCAGAAGUUUUAUCAAACAAAGCCGAAAGAUAGGUUCAUAACACAAACUGACGAUUUAAUAAUUCUUCAUGUCUGGCUAAAACCGAAUUCAAAAUUGUUCAAAAAGACGUCCGCACAUGUCAGUGGCUUCAAUAGGUCAAGAUAAUGACUAUAGUUCUGUUUCCCCAACUCCUUUCUUUUUUCUUUCAUAAGUACCUUUAGAUGUUUCAAAACCUUUCGUGGCUGUUUUUUAUAUUUCUUGAUUAUAUUAUAAAUUAAAGUUGUUUCCUUUAAACCUGCAAUUUGCUGCAAACACGGCCGAAGGCAGCGCCAUCUUGUUUUGGACGUGUUUCCACAUUUCGUAUUCGUAUUUCCAUUACAUGACGUCAUAACGUUGAAUAUAACUUUUGCAUAUUCAAAGUUAUGACGCCGCGAACGUCAUUGAGUUGAUGUGACGAGAUUUCACAGUUGGCUGUUAGCCAAUCAGCAACCACGAAUCUUUUUAAUAAAUAAUGAGUGACUUAUAGUUGAUUUUUAUUGCGCUUUUUUCCAGCCUGUUCCUAUGCCGCCAUUUUACGAGUUAAUUGUUGCAUGGUUACUACGGGAGACGUGGACGUACUUCAUAUUCCUUCGAGGACUUUGUGGUCGAGAAAUCACGUGGAAAAACGGCGCGUUCAGAAUACAGACUGGCGGGAAAGCAUAUCGUAUACAGGGCAUGAAAGUUGAAGAUGAUGAACACUGCCUGUGAAAUUACCAUCAGGGCGUACAUCUUUUAAUUCUAUUUAUAAGUGAGUUUCAUUAAGUGUUAUCAUGCAGCAGAUGGUGUCAACCAAUCCACAGUUAUCAGAGGAAGAAAAUGUUGUUAUUUUUUUCAUUAAAUGUUGUAAGCUGUAUAUGUUGACAAAGAAAAAGAACUGAGAGAUGAUUAAAUCUAAAGUUAACACUUUUGAAGUUCGCCACCGUCUGCUGACCCGUAACGCUUGCUGAAACUCGCCAACAGAGAUACAUUUAUACAUAAUCAUAUAAAUGUAUUUAUUUUUAAGAUCUAUAAGAGACGAAUGUAAAACUAUAUGAGACUGAGAGUUUUAACCAAACAAAUUAUAGAUUAUCUACAGUAAC